CUUUCCGCCCACUCGGCUCAUGACACACGAAUCUGCAUAUUCUGCAUAUUCUGCACUUGUUCCUCUUCACACAACAUGGCCCGCCUUGCGACCUGAGCAAACGUCUGUCGACCGAUCUUCGAAGCAAGCCUGAACCCAGGAAGCGAUGCUCGAGCUCGCGCAGGUCCACGGGAACGAACCUAGACAGCCACCACCUCCCCGUGCCACUCGAGAAUAGGCCCGCGAAAUGAGCAGCGAUGGCGCCCCCAAGGCCAAGUCCAAGUCGAUCUUCCACUUCGUAGCUGGCCUCGGCUCAGGGCUCCUCUCGGCCGUCCUGCUGCAGCCCAUCGACCUCCUCAAGACCCGCGUCCAGCAGUCUGGGCAUCACUCUCUGACUGCCGCAUUCCGCGAGAUCCGGGCCCAGCCGCGCUUCCUGCCGGCACUAUGGAGGGGCGCGACACCUUCUGCCCUGCGCACCGGCUUCGGUAGCGCCCUCUACUUCACCAGCCUCAACGCGAUCCGGAACAAUGUAUCGCGCGUGCCCUUCCUCGCAGCCGACGGCCAAGGGAGGCACCACUCUUCCUCGCUGGUCAAGCUGUCCAACACGGGCAACCUGCUGGCCGGCGCGGUGGCACGCACCUUCGCCGGCAUGGUGCUGAUGCCGCUCACGGUGAUCAAGGUGCGGUAUGAGUCCAAUCUAUACUCGUACGGGUCCAUCGCCUCAGCGGGGCGCGACAUAUUCCGGACCGAGGGGCUGCGUGGGUUCUUCUCUGGCUUUGGUGCGACGGCAAUGCGCGAUGCGCCCUACGCCGGCCUGUACGUGCUGUUCUACGAGCAGAGCAAGAAGCGCCUGAGCUCCUUGACAGGUGGUGGUGGUGGCGACGGCGCCGAUACUCAGAACCCCGCCAGCACCAGCAGGGCCAAGAUCCAUGUCCCCGCGAUGGGAGUCUCCACCGCCGCGACCAUCAACUUCGGCUCUGGCGUCAUCGCCGGCGCCGCCUGCUCAGCCAUCUCCAACCCAUUCGACGCCGUCAAGACACGCAUCCAGCUGCAGCCCGGGGUAUACCGCAACACAUUCCACGCGGCGCGCAUGAUGGUGACCCACGAGGGUCUUCGCAGCCUGGCCGACGGGCUGGCACUGCGUAUGAGUCGCAAGGCCAUGAGCUCGGCGCUGGCGUGGACUGUGUACGAGGAGCUCAUACGGCGAGUCGAGGUCACGCUGAACCCCAAGAAAAGGAAGGAGAGUGUAUUGUAAUGUGGAUUAUGGUAAGGAUCAGUUGUAUGCUAUGUGACUGGUUGGCAGUGUUCAUCUAUUCAUGUUUGGGCGUUUCUGGUCGGGGAAAAAUAGGGACAAGAUACCACGCCAUUCAAUGAAAUGUUUAAAAGA